CUAACUGUCACUUUUUUACUUCAACCUUUUAUCUUUAACGAGAAUGAGAAUUCGAUCGAUAAAAUGUCUCCCGUUGACCUUGUUGGCGGCCCAGCGAGUAUGCCUGUCAUCUACUUUCUUUCUAAUUAGAUUCAAUCCAUUCAUUAUUACCACUUUGACUUCACGAUGUUGACCAUAUACUUUCUUUUGACUUCUUUCAUUUCGCUUAGCAUUCAGUCAUUCGUUCAUCCAGGGCUGCUAGUCACCGACGCUGAUCUGAAUCGUGCUAGCGCCAAUUUGGACCAUGCUCCAUGGAAUAACUCAUACGCCCAGCUCACCAGUUGUAAAGUCGCCAGCGCUUCUUACACGCCAAAUCCCGUCAGUGCCGUCUAUAGAGGAUCUGAUGGUGUGCACGCAGCGAACACAGAUAUUUUGUGGAAUGACGCUGCAGCCGCUUUUGCCCUUGCCCUGAGGUGGAAGCUUUCCGGUAACGACUCAUAUGCCGACGCUGCAGCCAACGUCUUGAAAGCAUGGGGAGAGACGUUGACGACCCUUGGUGGCACAGAUGAUGCCUACCUGACAGCAGGAUUUCAGGGACACGAGUUCGCGAACGCCGGCGAGCUACUCCGCGACUACGAACCAUUCGUGCAAGAUGGCUUUGAUGCGUUCAAGUCCAUGAUGACGACGGUUUUCCUCCCCAUGAACCUCGACUUCUUGAACCACGUGCUCGGAUCAGAGCACAAUGUCAAGCAUUUCUUCGCCAAUUGGGAACUGGGAAAUCUGGCUUCGACGAUGGCUAUUGCUGUGUUGACCGACAAUUCGACGCUGUGGGACUUCGCCGUCGACUAUUUCAAGAAUGGCGAGGGAAACGGCUGUAUCAACAACGCAGUUACUAACAUCGUUAUCGACCCUGACACGGGAGCGUCGCUCGGUCAAGGUCAGGAGUCUGGUCGAGACCAGGGCCAUUCGGCGCUUGACUGGCAAAUGCUGGGUGUUAUCGGACAGCAGGCAUGGAAUCAAGGGGAAGAUCUAUUUGGCUACAAUGACAGUCGUAUUCUCCAAGGCGCGGAGUAUUUCGCACGUUAUAACCUUGGGCAUGAUGUCGAUUUUGAGGCAUACACGAACGGUAUCGUCAGCUUCGAUAUCAUCAGCAACGUUUCUCGAGGUGCGAAUCGUCCAACCUGGGAGUUACUGUAUAGUCACUACGUGCAAAUCAAACAGCUGGAUGCGCCUUGGACUACGGCGUACCUCAACUAUAGUCUGAAUCAAUAUGGGGGAUUUGAGCCAGGUGCCGGAGUUUCAGGGAGCACGUCCGGCGCGUUUGACGGUCUCGGUUGGGGCUCAUUGCUGUAUCACCGUGAUGAUAACGACACAUCGUCCGCCACGAGCUCUGCGUCUGCGCCCACUGCGACUUCUUCUUCAAAGAAUUCCGCGCUGCCAUCCAGCUUCUUCCCGUCAGUCAUAUACUCUACUUUCUCGGCUUCUUCUACCGUUGCCGCAAUUAGUACAAGUUCUGUGGUAUCUGGUGGACCGAGUACGGCUCAAGGCGAAUCAUACCCGAUAGCUACGCCAACCCAAUCGUCAAUUAUGACGUCCAUCGCGGCAAAGCCGACAGGAUCAUCGACCAGAGUCUCAUACUCCAGUCAACCGACGGAUCAGGUUCAUGCUCAUGGCUGUCAUGCACGGAGAUACUACCACGGAUGAGGAAUAAUUUAUAAAGAAAUGAUCUUGCCGGCAUCUGCAUUUCCCGAUGCUCGUUGAAUUGCCCCUGGAAUAGAUGCGCAAUGAAUGAUCAAAUCAUAUAUUUUUCUACCAGCUGUGUUUACAUAUGUAUACUUUUAGACAAUCC